UUUGCUUUUAAUAUAUGGGUUUGGGAGAUCCAACUCAGUUUCUUGUGCUUGCAAAGAUCACACUUUCCUGAGCCUCUCCCCAACCCCCUGCUGUCUCUUUCAUUUCAGUUCUUGAAAUUUUCAUGCAUUUUGUUUGUUUGACUUAUCUACAGAAAAUGACCUGAAGUGGCUCAGUGCGAGAACUCUUCAUGGACCAGUCAAAUAUGACAUCCCUUGCUGAAGAGAAAGCCAUGAAUACCUCCAGCAGAAAUGCCUCCCUGGGGAGCUCACACCCACCCAUUCCCAUAGUGCACUGGGUCAUCAUGAGCAUCUCCCCGCUAGGCUUUGUGGAGAAUGGGAUCCUCCUCUGGUUCCUCUGCUUCCGGAUGAGGAGAAAUCCCUUCACGGUCUACAUCACCCACUUGUCCAUUGCAGACAUCUCUCUUCUGUUCUGUAUUUUUAUUCUGUCCAUUGACUAUGCUUUAGACUAUGAACUCUCUUCUGGCCAUUACUACACAAUUGUGACGUUAUCAGUGACUUUUCUAUUUGGCUACAACACAGGCCUCUAUCUGCUGACAGCCAUCAGUGUGGAGAGGUGCCUGUCAGUCCUCUACCCCAUCUGGUACAGAUGCCACCGCCCCAAACACCAGUCGGCGUUCGUCUGUGCCCUCUUGUGGGCACUUUCGUGCUUGGUGACCACCAUGGAGUAUGUCAUGUGUAUCGACAGUGGCGAAGAGAGUCACUCUCGGAGUGACUGCCGGGCAGUCAUCAUCUUCAUAGCCAUCCUCAGCUUCUUGGUCUUCACUCCGCUCAUGUUAGUGUCCAGCACCAUCUUGGUGGUGAAGAUACGGAAGAACACGUGGGCCUCCCAUUCUUCAAAGCUGUACAUCGUCAUCAUGGUUACCAUUAUCAUAUUCCUCAUCUUUGCCAUGCCCAUGCGGGUCCUCUACCUGCUGUUCUACGAGUACUGGUCAGCCUUUGGGAACUUGCAUAACAUCUCCUUGCUUUUUUCCACCAUCAACAGCAGCGCCAACCCUUUCAUCUACUUUUUUGUGGGCAGCAGUAAGAAGAAGCGUUUCAGGGAGUCCUUAAAAGUGGUUCUGACCAGGGCUUUCAAAGACGAAAUGCAACCCAGGCGCCAGGAGGGCAAUGGUAACACUAUAUCCAUUGAGACCGUGGUCUGAGGACAGUAGGGGGAAUUGUGGACAGAAACGGUGGAAUGCGGGUGGCUUUCAUUUUGUGUUUGGAGUGCAAUUUAAUUUCAUUUUUAAAUCUACUAAAUACGAUACAGAGGGAA